UUUCGACUGUAGGCAACAAGCAGCAAAGGCAAGGCAUAAUUUAUAUUUGGUUCGUUCAGUCUUGUUCGUUUAGGCCUCAUCAGAUGGAGUAAUUUUCGUCCCAAAAUAUGAAAGGCCUAAGAUGUUCGAUUUUGUUGGUGGUUUGUGUGAUUGUGGAAGCCGCGCGUAUGGACCCGGACCAAUUGAUAAGAUACUUUGGUACCAACUCAGCAGCAGAAGCCCCGGAAUUUGAGAUAAUUUACCCAGUGAUUUCGGCCAACAAUUACAGAACAAUGGCCGCCACUAGAGGCGUAAUUGCUACCGAGAAAAUGACCAUUACGGUCCAGGCGUUCGGAGAGACCUUUCAGAUGAUGGUUCACCAGGAUUCUUCCUUCAUAGCUGACGGGUUGGAGGUGGUGUAUGUCGGGACUUGUAGCAAAUCCCUACCGGAACGAAAGGCCGUCCGCAGGGACUGUUACUACCGAGGAAAGCUGGUGGGCGACGAGUGGUCCCUGGUGUCAGUCAGUGCCUGCAGCGGCAUUACUGUCUUCAUUCGAAGAGGGUCGGAAACAUUCCACAUUGUGCCUCUAGACGAGAAAGAUGCAGUGGAAAUGAGCCUCUUGGAUAGUCACUCGGGGGCGCCCCACAUCAUUUACAAGGGUGCUACCUGGGAGGAUUGGAUUGGCUCAUGUGACUUCGUCGACGAAGAUGGAACUGAUUACCAGGCAGACUUGACGAUACAUCCACCUGAUUUCGAAGGACUGUCCCAGAGGUACAUCGAGACGAUGGUUGUUGGUGAUGGCGCUCUCUAUGAAAUACGAGGUGCUAACACGGCGAACAGCCUCUUGGCGUUGAUGAACUCGGUGUCUCAUGUGCUAGCUCUGCCAAGUCUAAUCGGAGAUAAGCUUCAACUCGUGGUGGUGGACAUGAGAGUGUACACAAACAACACUGGUGACUUGGUCACGGACGAGCACGCAUAUUGGACGCUGUUCAAUUUUUGCAAAUGGCAGAACAAGACCAACCCAGCAAUGGAGCAGAAUCCUCGACAUUUCGACAUUGCAACUCUUCUAACUGGCUUCAACAUUUAUGGUAGCCAUGGCGAUGGGACUAAGGGCAUCGCCCUGACUGGUGGCGCAUGUCAAAGGACAAAGCAGUGCUCAUUGGUUGAGUUCUUAGAGCAGAACGCCAUCUAUGCCACCGCUCAUGAAAUAGGACACAGUCUCGGCAUGCACCACGAUGGUCACCAUGGUAACACGUGCCCCGAGGCAGGCUUUCUGAUGUGUCCUUACAUGCAAGACAACGAAGCAGAGCUGGGGUGGUCAAUCUGUAGCAGGAACUACCUACUCAAUUUCUUGGACACGAAAGGGAGCUGUCUGGAGGACAAGCCAGGAAUUAAUCUGCUUCCAGAAAUCGAAAAAUAAAUAGGAGUUAGGUUUAGUGUACUCAUCUGUUGCAGAAAACCGGUAAAGGCCAUCGAAUUAAUAGAGCUGCUCACUCCUAACUCCAUGUUUUCUCCCAGGAUAACCUUCUGCGUCACUCGUCAUAUAAAAUCCACUCAAUCUGAUUAAGAUGGUAAAUGAUCCAUUUGCUAAUAAAAUGUUCGUUUAUUCACAAAUAAAGUGUAUUUAAGCUAUGUUAAGAGCGUGCAGCAGAGCAAUCUUUUACCCAAGA